GUGAAAGAUGCACAGGAACAGUAUAACAAGCUGCGGAUGAUGCAUUCUAACAUGGAGACCCUCUAUAAGGAGUUGGGCGAGUACUUCCUCUUUGAUCCCAAGAAGUUGUCUGUGGAAGAAUUCUUCAUGGAUCUGCACAACUUUAAGAAUAUGUUUUUGCAAGCAGUUAAGGAGAACCAGAAGCGGCGAGAGACAGAAGAAAAGAUGCGGCGAGCAAAACUAGCCAAGGAGAAGGCAGAAAAGGAGCGGCUAGAGAAGCAGCAGAAGAGAGAGCAACUCAUAGACAUGAAUGCAGAAGGCGAUGAGACAGGUGUGAUGGACAGUCUUCUAGAAGCCCUGCAGUCAGGGGCAGCAUUCCGACGGAAGAGAGGGCCCCGUCAGGCCAACAGGAAGGCCGGGUGUGCAGUCACAUCUGUGCUGGCUUCGGAGCUGACCAAGGAUGAUGCCAUGACUCCUGUUCCUGCCAAGGCGUCCAGGCUGAGUGAGGGAGUCCCCACAAUCCUUGAGGAAGCCAAGGAGUUGGUUGGCCGUGCAAGCUAAGCUGGAUCCUGUGGCCGCAGCAGCUCCUAAAUGAGGCCCCAGACUGUCCUGCCCUGCAGCGUGUGCCUGAGGGUCAAGGGGGGAUGGAUAUUCCUUUGGGAUGGCCACUCCCACCACCCUGACUCUGUCUUUCUGGCCUGCUGCUCUCUGAACAUCACAUACAGCUUCAGCUGCCUGGAGGCCAGAAGGAAAGGGCAGUAUGGGGGAGGCCUGAGCCCAACCCAGCCAGCCCUGGCUGUUGUAUUACCAAAGCAGGGUCCAUGUUUGCUGCCUUAACCCUGUCUCCUCUCUAUUACUCAGAGGACCUCAUCUCAGAUGAGGCCCAGCCUGCUUUCUCAGCCCCUGACUUCCUAGUGGGCUUUCCUGUAGGUCAGUCUUGCUGGAUUUGUGCUUUUCAUUUGUGGUUUCUCUGGCUCUGAGAACAGCAGGCUUGUGAAACUUUGGGCUUGAUAGAUCCCUCUUUCUUUGCUGUUACCUCUGCUCUUCUCUUUCCUCUCCUGGCUAGUGUUAUUUAUUACUAGUGGUGUGGCAUUGGGAGCUGCUUUCUAAGGAAGUGGGGAGCAAAUCCCACCCUUACCCCACCUUCCUAGGAAAGGCCUCCCAAAAGAAAAAGGAUUUGAACCACUUUAUCUGUUCUGCUGUGGCCAGGCAGGCAGAGCAUAGCAACAGUGUGGGACCCACCCCUAGCCUGCUGCCUUGCUUUAUGUCCCUUGCCUCUCUGGACCCUCUGCACCAGCACCCAGGCUACUGAGCCAAGGUCCCUCCUCAUGCCUCCCCCAGAGCGUUGGUGCAUCUCAUCUGCAGUAUGAGGUGUAUUGUGACCAUCCCAGCACCUCACCCUUUGUCUCCAAGGAACUGGGAGGUGGAGCCUCCUGGCUGAGAAAUUGUUUCGCAAAUGGAUCUAUUUUUGUAUGAAAACAAAAUUUUUUUAAAGAAAAAUAACUUUUCCUUCCCCCUUUCUCCUCCAUAAUGUAAGAGGCUUUGAUGGCAGGUUCCAGAGUUCCUGGAGUUUCUCCCCACAGGCCUCAAUCAUGAACAUGCCGCUGGACCUUCACCUCAGCCAUCAAGCCUUUUAUAUCUUUGAGUCCAAGACAGAUUCUCUCUCCUAGCAUCAAUUCUGGGGCAGGAAGAAUCUCUUCUCUGGUUGAGCUGGGCCAGGCCUAAGAAUAGUGGGAGCUCUGAGACCACCGAGUUUUUAUUAGUUUAAUAAAUUUAUCAAGCCAAAUGUACAAAUGCUUAAAUGGACCCUCUGGGGAAGUGGGCACAGGGAGCACCCCACACCUUUACCUCCUCUCUCUUCUGAACAGUGGGCAGAGCAAACUGUUUGGUGGCCCCCUCCACAGGAAACUCAGAUUCUCUGGCUCAGGGUGAACCUUUUGCUCUCCUUGUGCCCCUUUUAGCUUCCCACCCCCAGCUAGGGAGAGAGAAUGGCACUGUUAGGGCUUGGUCCAGAAUGAUAGUUGUUAGAGCAAGAGGGGAGCUUAGGAGACGUGAAGGCAAAUACAGGGAGGCCAUGCAGUCAGGAAGGAGGGUUUGGUUGCUAGAGCCUGUGUAUGAAGGGGCAAUGGCAGUUCCUCUGAGCUGUUCCCGGGAAGACUAUGGUGCAGGGGGCCUGUUGCUCCCCUUGGUCACCUUCUCCCUGCUGGCUGACAUCUGGGGCUUUGACCCUUUCUUUUUAAAUCUACUUUUGCUAAGAUGCAUUUAAUAAAAAAAAAAAAAAAAAAAACAACAGUGGAGACAAAAUGCAAACCUAUUUCCCUUGCCUCUUGGGCUUUUGGGAUGUCAUCACCUCCAUUUGUUGGGUUUGUUUCCAACUGUUAAUAAAGCAUUGAAACAGUACUGCA